AACUUUUUCCACUCGGGGAAGCUUAUCAAAAACAAAUGCUUGUGCUGUGAUUUAUAUUUGAAAAAGAAAUGUUUUACAAACGUCCCUUUAAGUGAAAUUAAUAAUAGAUGACUUAUCAUCGAGUUGACUCUACUAGACUAGUCUCUAAUAUUAGAGCUCCUGGAUGCCUGAGGGUUGUAUACUCUUUGGUUAAUGGUGGUUGUAAAUAUGCCUUCAGAAUUAUGGCGGUGAAGAUCACCGUGUUUCAAUUCAAAGCAUAUAUCAAAGUUGUAAAAGUGUGGGUGAUUCCAGAGUAUUUGCUUAGAAGGAACGAUGAUAGGAAAAGAGUAGAGGAAAUCAAAAACAAUGUCAUGAUUUACCUAUGUAGCACUUUCUCCUUUCCUUUGGACUCAUUUCUCCAGGUAAUUUACAGAGCUGAGUAUUUGAAAUGAGGAGUCUUUUCUAAGUGGGUAGAGCUAGGGAACUAAUGGUUUCCACUGAAAUCUACAUCUACUGAUUAUUCUUACGUCAUCUUUCCAUGGUAUUAAGUUUAGAUGUGGCAGAAACAGUACUCAGUAUUAAAUGUGUGAAAGUGAACAGGGACAGAAACUUCUGCCAAAAUGCCUCAAGAAGAUGGUCCCAUUUGCAGCUCAAAGCCGUUUUGGGUACUUUAGAGACCUCCUCUUCCCUUUGUAAUCUGGGUAGGUUCGAAGCCCUUGUUGGAUCAGAGCAGAGAUGUGGCAGGCAGCCCCCUGGAACCUGAAGUUGCCUGCCCAGGGCUUCCUGAUCAGAGAGCACGAGCGGUGCCUGGUGAGUCAGAAGCUGGGACGCUUGCAGGAGCAGCUGCCGGGGUCUGUUCCGAAUGGCCUCCUCGAGGCAUUUUGGCCUUUGAUGUAACCUGGUAUGAGUAAUGAUUGCCUGCCCUUUAAAGAGAAACAGAUUUGUGUUGGGAAGUUAACAGAUAACAAAAUAGAAAAAGAUGCAAGAAGAGGAACUGCUUGGUGGAUGGGGCUCGCCCAGGCCUCCAGGUUUAUCUGUGAGAGGGCCCGCCUUGAGAGAGAGCACUGUGCGCAUGGCCAUUACCUGGGCUUCUGCAUGUGGGCUUCUGUGCGCUCUGAGUGUGUCACUUGUGCAGUGAUUUCUGAGAUGAAAGGAAAGCCUCUUUUCCUCUUUGUCCUUUAUGGACUUUUCCCAGCUGUACUCAUUUACUCCUGCAACCGUGUACUGGAUGGCGCUAAGGCUACCGUGGGGGCUGUGGUUUCUGCUCUUGGUGCCAGUGCGAGCAGGAGACAGCUUAAACUUUGGAACAAAUACCGAAUUUCCAACAUUCCAUCACUAAUAUUCCUAGACGCCACCACCGGGAAGGUCGUGUGCAGGAAUGGGCUGCUGGUGAUCCGUGAUGACCCAGAAGGUUUGGAAUUCCCUUGGGGACCUAAGCCCUUCAGGGAAGUCAUUGCGGGGCCCUUGCUUAGAAAUAACGGACAGUCCCUGGAAAGCAGCAGCCUGGAGGGGUCUCACGUGGGAGUCUAUUUCUCCGCACACUGGUGUCCACCCUGCCGAAGCCUCACCCGGGUCCUGGUGGAAUCCUACCGGAAGAUCAAGGAGGCAGGCCAGAAAUUUGAGAUCAUCUUUGUUAGUGCGGACAGGUCAGAGGACUCAUUCAAACAGUACUUCAGUGAGAUGCCCUGGCUCGCUGUCCCCUACACCGAUGAGGCCCGGCGGUCACGCCUCAACCGGCUGUAUGGAAUCCAAGGCAUCCCCACCCUCAUUGUGCUGGACCCACAGGGGGAAGUGAUCACGCGGCAGGGGCGCGUGGAGGUGCUGAACGAUGAGGACUGCAGGGAGUUCCCGUGGCACCCCAAACCCGUGCUGGAGCUCUCCGACUCCAAUGCCGUGCAGCUCAACGAGGGCCCCUGCCUCGUCCUUUUUGUAGAUUCUGAGGAUGAUGGGGAGUCCGAGGCAGCCAAGCAACUGAUCCAGCCAAUAGCCGAGAAGAUCAUUGCCAAGUAUAAAGCCAAAGACGAGGAGGCGCCACUUCUGUUCUUUGUCGCCGGGGAGGAUGACAUGACUGACUCCCUGCGAGACUACACCAACCUGCCCGAGGCGGCCCCUUUGCUCACCAUUCUGGACAUGUCAGCCCGGGCCAAGUACGUGAUGGAUGUGGAGGAGAUCACCCCUGCCAUUGUGGAGGCCUUUGUGAAUGACUUCCUAGCAGAAAAGCUCAAACCAGAGCCCAUCUAGUGGGGCUCCGGCCUCAGGAGACGUUAUUUAAAACUCGGUCUUCUCCUCUUCCUCCUCCCCUUUCUUCCCUCCACCCUUGGACUUUUCCGGCGUGUCCUGAAUCACACAACCCAAGUGUCCAACCUCUCUGUGGUGCCUUGUUUUCUGCAUUAACUCCUCAGCUAGCACCCUAAGGUGCACAUCCUCUCAGCAGCAGAAGAACCCACCAUGUUUGGAGACUCAGCCUGGGAUUCACGGGGCUGGCAUAACCCGGCCAGAGCCAGGACUGCAUCACACUCUCAGUCACUAGCUCUGGAAGCAGUGUUUGCCAGGCAUUCUUCUGCCGAGCGAGCGUGAAGGGACAGUGCGCUGGUGCUCUGGCUCGGCCUCUGGUGUCAGCAUGCACACGCAGGGCCCAGGACAGCUCAGUGACACACGUACAUGCAGGUGGAGCAGGGAAAGGGCCGCAGCCUUGCUCGCCUCAGGUUAGAGCUGCUGGUGAGAACAUCCCUUCCUAAAUGACUUCGUCUAGUGACUCUCCCUCUUGGUGUGAGGGAAAAACACCAGCUUGGCAGUCGGUUCUUGGGCCGGGGAUUUCACGAUCUCAAAGGAAGCUUGUGUUCUUUUCUGGUGAGAAAGAGUAGCUAUGGUAAUGAUUCAUGUAGUAAUUGCUUACUCUGAGCUCCUACCAUGUGAUUUUUUCCUUAGAUCUUUUUUCCUUGAUCUUACCUUCUCCAAGUUUCUGCCUUCUUGUACAAACAGCCUCUACUGUCUUGGAAUUUUGUUAAUUCUUCCCCUUGGACAUCUUCCCGAGAAGAGGCACCCAGCCCUGUGUUCUUGGAGGUGCCCCACCUCACCCAGCACAGACCUCUGACACUCGGCCCACUCUGCCGCGGUGCCUGUGACCACCUUUGGUUACCUCUGUCAUCCCUCUUUUCUUUUCAAAGCAGAACUAAAAAGAGACAAGAAAUUACCAGAAGCCUAGCUUUCUCCCUAAGAACCUGCAGAAAGAGCUGUAUCCUAGGGUGGCAGUGCGAGCAGAGGGCAUGUCAACUAAAAGUACGCUUUGGAUCCACUUUGCUGAGCAAGCUCAGGUAGCUUGGAUCCCAGAAAACAAAAGUAACAACUGCUGUGUCCUUGGGACUUGGGGUGGGGGCUUUACCUAGGGAGUCACAGGAUUUGGGCCUAUCUCAACCAGGUGUUAGGGUCUUCCACCUGAUGGCAGGCCUCACCCUUGUCUCCGCUGACAGCAUUCUGUCAGCCAAGACCACUGAUUUAGAAAAUCCAGCCCCCGGUCAGCUAUUGACACCAUUGCCCCUUGCUGAAUUGGACUGUUGCUUUGUAGUUCAGAGGUACAAGGUUAGCUGGUAAUUAGACAGUUACUUGAUGUCACAGCCUGAAAUGCAAUCACCUAGUAAGAAAUAAAGCAGGCAUCUCUGGACAUUA